GGAUGCGAUGCAUUCAAGGUCUAUGCGCGAGCCUACAGGGUUGCAUUGGAAUUGAUUUUACCUCAGCGCGCGCAUCCUGUAGGAUACUCGUCCUUAAACGCUUGUUACAAGUCUCGUUUUAUCUCGCUAUGGAGCCUUGACAUUGGUCCUUGACCCGUUACCUUGGACGCCUGGGGGACCUGCAAUUAUUGGCAUUUCACGUACGUUCUCCGUGACAACAACUUGUUGGUUGAUGAUAACAUUCGAAAUUUGAAUUUUGAAAAAUGUUCGAUAUUUUGAAUAGUGUGUACUGUUGGAGGGAAAAGCCACCUGAAGAAGAAGAAAAAUGGGAGAUACCAGCGGAGGCGAUCACGAAUCUCGUGUACCUCGGCUCCGGCGCCCAGGGCGUCGUGUACGGCGGGCAGAUAAACAACGAAAUGGUCGCCGUGAAGAAACUGCGCGAUUCGGCCGAGACGGACAUUAAACAUCUCAGGAAACUCAACCAUGACAACAUAGUCCGUUUUCGCGGGGUAGUGACCAAGCCCCCCACUUACUGCGUGGUCAUGGAAUACUGUCAGUACGGGCCGCUGUUCGAGUUCCUGCACAGUGGCUCCCUCUUCGCGCCCAAACAGAUUCUCAAGUGGGCGAAAGAGAUAGCAAACGGCAUGGCUUAUUUGCACAGUCACAAGAUUAUACACAGGGAUCUUAAGAGUCCAAACAUCCUCAUAGCGGACAACCUAGUUGUCAAAGUGUCCGACUUCGGUACGUCGCGGGAGUGGAACGACGUGAGCGCCAUCAUGUCAUUCACGGGCACCGUGGCGUGGAUGGCGCCCGAGGUGAUCCGCCACGAGUCCUGCUCGGAGCGGGUCGAUGUCUGGUCGUUUGGCGUGGUCUUAUGGGAACUUCUCACUCAGGAGAUACCUUAUAAGAACAUGGAGACGCACGCUAUCAUGUGGGGCGUCGGCACCGACACUAUCUCCUUGCCCGUUCCGGCCACAGUGCCCGACAGCAUGCAGCUCUUGCUUAGCCAAUGUUGGAACAGGACGCCUAAAAACAGGCCACCUUUCAAAAUAAUAGCUGCGCACCUCGAGAUAGCCGGCGACGACUUCGCAGAGAUCCACCAGGAGACGUUCAGCGUGACCCAGCAGAGCUGGAAGAAAGAAGUGCAGGAGGGCAUGGCGCAGCUCUACACCAAGAGCGAGAAGCCUGCCGACGUGGAGGACACGGCCACGAGGAAAGAGGAGUUGAAACACGCGCGAGAUAUCAGACUGGUUUACGAGAAGCAACUGGCGCGAGCCAACGAGUUGUACAUGGAAGCGUGCGCCGUUAAACUGCAGUUGGAGCAGCGGGAGGCCGCUCUCACAGAACGCGAAAAGGCCCUGAAAUCCUGCCGCUGCGGCUUCCGAAAACUAGCGCUCCACCGGCAAAGCUCAACCUCUUCAGACGGCAAAUGCCGCGCGGAGCCAGUACACAGGCGGCAGCGGAAGAGGGACACCGUCAUAACACAGGACCAAGAGAAGACCAGCACCACGCUACUGAGCGACGGGAACAAGUUCUCCUCAAUCGUCGACGGCGUGAAAAACAACAACGUUGAGAAUGAGAGGGCAGAUACCAUCGUCGAGAAGAACGGCAACGUGGAACUGAAAGAUGUUGUCAACGAUAAUUAUAUCGACGAGGUUGUUGCUCAAGUGUGAAUAUACUCUGACAAACUCGCUUUGUAAAAUAUUUAGAUCACCACGGUUGCACUCACUAGUAUCAAAGACCUAGGAACCACAGAUAAUAGUUAUUACCAACAGAUACUUAUCUCUCAAAGAAAACGCAAAUACCUACCGUUUUGAUACCUACGCAAUAAUACAAUGGAGUGACCUUCAAAGUGCCGCACCGCGCGCACCGACACAACGCUAGGGUUGCCGACGCUUGUUUCAAAUACUUAGAUAUCUUAGUCUAUUUUUUUAUUCCGUAGACUAUAGGUAGAUAUCUAGCUAUAAAUGUGUCGUAAAAACAUUACCUACAUCUUUAAAACAAUUUAAUAGUACCUACGUAGCUUGUAACUAUCGUAAAAAUAAUAACAGUAGGUGUAAGUACCUAUAUUGAGAAUGUACUUACUUUUCCUCAUCCGUCGAGAGAGGAAAAAACUAUAUUUUUUAUUUGUUUUGUUGUUUCUGCAUCCAUCCAUACUACAAGCUGUGUUAUUUGUUCGUGACAAGACAUUUCUUUGGCAUAGCGCGCGGUGACAUGAGCGCGUGUGGCAACCAACUUUACUGGCUAGCUUUAGUACCGCCGGCGGGAAGCUAGUCGUAGGUAUGAAUCCGAGCUCGUGCGAGUUCCAUAAUGAUAGGCCUGCUGUAACUCCGUAUAAGAUGAAUAAAGUGUAAGGAAAAAACGUGCCUCGGAAAUCAAGAAAAUUUCAUUCUCGCAUAGAUCGCGCUACCUUUGGCCUAUUCUCAGCUAGAUGGAGUUGACGACCCCGUUUGAUAUUUAACAAUUUUAACACGUAUCAGUGAAAGAACAUGGGUUGAAAAUCAUAUAAAAAUAAUAAAGAAAUUAAUUUUUUGAUAUUUUUAUACAUUUUUAUUUUUAGUUUUAAUCGUGUGACGAUAGGUGGUAGUAAAUUUACUGACUACAAACUUUACUAUGACAGUAACCCUCUAUCCUAUAUCUAUUCUCUUUGCUAGUAUUUUUAGUCGUUUUUGGCGACAUGUCAUGACAUGUGUGAGUGUAACCGUAGUGAUUUAAAUAUUUUGAAAUAUGUCUCACUAUAGUUUAAUUUCAACCCACUUUUUCAGUAGAAAAAAGCGAGAAAUUCAGAUUUUCUCGUCUAUUUUUUUUUUAAUUUGCCGCCUUUUUCUACUAACUGAAAUGGCUUGCCGGACUAUAGUUAAUUUACUGCAGAUUUUUUCAACGCUACUAACUUUGUACUUGAUAUUAACAUUACUGAAAAUAUGUGCCAUUUUCAACCAAAAGGGUACUUAUUGUCGCUUGUCAGUAAGGCGCUAUUUCUAUAUAGCUUCAAUUAUAAAUCAACCUUAUCGACAACCGACAAUGUGGUACCUUUUGAUUGAAAACGUCACAUAUUUUGACACGAUUUGAUGUAUAUCAACCUUAGCUAUGCCCCGUUUUUUUUUUUAUUACAAGUUAAGAGCAUUUAAAAAAUUGUAUGGAAUUUGUUUUACGCUCCUAAUUCUUUUAAUAACCAAAUUUUGAAAAAAGUAUAACGAGCACAGCUAUCAAUAUACAUCUAACUGUAUGAACAUUCUUUCUAUAAUGUUAAUAUCCAGAGAGGAAAAUGGGGACUACGUUUUUAUGGACAAACGGUCGUCCCCUUUCCUCUUAAGCCAUAGACCAAUAUAUUGUUAUAGACCAUUGCCCACAGACCAUAAAGCGUUUACCAAGACCGUAUUUAAAAAAAAACUAUAAAUACUUGUAAAAUACUACGCAAGCACCAUUUUUAAAACAGCACUGCUCAAUAAUCCCCAAACCGGAUAUCUUUGACUGACAUGAUUAUUGAGUCAUAAUCUAAUGUUUGUCAGAUUCAUAUGAUGUCAGAUGUAAUGAGAGUCAUAAUUCUGAAACCGUUAACUUUUCAGGAUUUUCGUAAUUAUCCUAUGGAUAGGUUAGGUUACGUUUGUUUUACGGCAAUACUGAAAACUUACACGUUUCUGAGAAAAACCAAAUUAUGACUAACGAAAAUGCGGGCAAACAACACAUUAUGACUUAAAACUUUAUGGGAAGCAAUAGUGGGUUAAUGGUUUGUUCAUAAAUUGAUUAGGAAUUAAGAAUAUUUUAAUUAUUUGUUUCGUUACCUAAAAUACUUACAAAAUGUAGACGAAUUAUGUAAAAAAACACCUAUAUGUGGAACAUUCUGACGAUAUUAUUAUUACAUAUUACCUAAUGAACUAAGAUGACAUAAAAACGCAAAUUGACCAAACUUUAAAACUUUGAACGCUACAAUUCAUUUACAUAAAUGUACCUUUAAUAAAAACGGGAUUCCACCAGAGUGCGGCACUGUGCGGAACAAGCAUAUUCAGUACAAAACUGCUUGUGUGGCACAGUUUUACACACUGCUGAAUCAUAUGUGGUAUUUUCUAUAAAAAGGGACCUUAUUGUCGAUAGCGCUUACGCCAUUAUAAACGAUGCUUCGAUAUAAAUACAAUGCCGCGCGACGCUGUGCGGCGUAAGCGCAAUCGACAAUAAGGUCCCUUUUCAUAGAAAAUGCCCCAUAUCAUGCCAAUAUAAUAUAAACCUUACGAACGAGUAUGAAUUGAAGACCGAAGCCAAGGCGAGAUUGAAAAAUGUUAGUUAUUUAAUGACAUGCUAAAAAUGACACCAUAAGAAACAUUUUUUCUUUUGUACCUAACCUAUCUGGAAUUAGACCUGGUGGUGGUUGGUGGUGGUGGUGGUUACCUGUGACGUGUGAUGGCUAAGCUGACAGACGAUAAACACAAGCUUUACCAUAAGUGCGACCAUAUUAGGCCCACGUCUAAUAAGUUGCCUCGUGUGGGCUAUUUUAGGAUUACACAUUACACUACAUAUGUGACGUUUUCAAUCAAAAGGUACCAUAUUGUCGCUUACCAUAAGGACAAAUAUACGAAAAACCUGUCAGAGCGUCCUUAUGGCAAGCGACAAUGUGGUACCUUUUGAUUGAAAACGGCACAAAUAUUCUUGUUAAGUGGGAUUGACAGGCCAUACAGGUUGCUGGAGUGGAACUCGAAACAAACUUGAUUUUGAAAAUAUUAAAAUAUUUUACCCUCAUUAUUCAAUGCAAAAGGCCUUUUUAUUGCGAUAUUUAUUGACAAAUAGUGCUACACUUGUAAUACUUCAAAAUUAUUUUGAUUAAUUAGCAAAAAGGUCAUGAUAUUUUUGGUAUUCAUAUGCGGGAUAAAAAUCGCUUUCCUCUCGAGUACCCUGUAUUAUAAAUAAUUUGAUGAUUCACUAUUGUAAGUAAAAAAUUGGUGAUUUUUGAACAAUGUUUUUUGACUAUAAGUAUUUAUGUGUAUAGUUAAUAAUUGAAAAAGUCUGCAGAAAAAAAGGAGGACAUCUUUAUUUGACACUUUUGACAAAAGUUUCCAGGAAAAAAAAAACUUCCAAAAUAUUCUAAGACUUGCUGACUGAAAUUUAAUCUUACUGAAGAAGAGGCAGUAUGGCCUAUGGUCUUAGCCUGUCCAGACGGACGAAUAUAAAAAAAAAAGACUAUGACGACUUAGUUACUGUCUGCCAAUAUUGAGAUGUCUAAACUGACUUAGAAUAAUGUUUUUUAAUUUUAUUACUUAUAUUUUUAAUUUUAAAAAGAUCUUAUUAAUCUAAGACCGAAAAGAUCUCAUUUUCUUUUUAAGUCUUUGACCAAUGAAAAAAGAGAUAGUGAGAUAUUUUUUAUUUUAUUGUUGUAUGUAUUUGUUUAAGCUUAACCAGAAUAUGUGGUAUUUUCUAUAAAAGGGACCUUAUUGUCGAUGGCGCUUACGCCAUUAUUAACGAUGCUCCGAUAUAAAUACAAUGCCGCGCGACGCUGUACGGCGUAAGCGCCAUCGACAAUA